CUGAGUGAGAUUUUCUGCUUCCCUGCACCCUGUCCUCUGCUCUUCUCCUGCAUGGUGCGUCUUUGGUCCCCUGGAAGCUCCUGGACAGUAGUUCUGACAGUGAUACUGAUGGUGCUGAGCCCUCCCCUGGCUUGGGCAGGGGACACCCGAACAGUUUUCAUGAUACAGGGUAAGUCCGAGUGUCAUUUCUCCAACGGAACGCAGCAGGUGCGGUUCCUGGACAGAUACAUCUACAACUGGGACGAGUUGGUGCGCUUCGACAGCGACAUGGGGGAGUACAGGGCGGUGACCCCAAUGGGGCAGCCGGCUGCCAAGUACUGGAACAGCCAGAAGGACAUCCUGAAGCGGAUGCGAGCCGCAGUGGACACGUUCUGCAGAAGCAACUAUGAAUUUUUUGAGAGCUGCACGGUGCAGCGACGAGUCAAGCCCAGAGUGACGAUGUAUCCUGCAAAGACCCAGCCCCUGCAGCACCAUAACCUCCUGGUCUGCUCUGUGACCGGGUUCUACCCAGGCCACGUGGAGGUCAGGUGGUUCCGGAACGGCCAGGAAGAGGCGGCGGGGGUGGUCUCCACAGGCCUGAUCCCUAAUGGAGACUGGACCUUCCAGACCAUGGUGAUGCUUGAAACGGUUCCUCAGAGUGGAGAGGUCUACACCUGCCGAGUGGAGCACCCCAGCCUGACGAGCCCCGUCACAGUGGAAUGGAGUGAGAGGCUUUCUGACUCUCUAGUCCCUCAGGCACCAAGGAGGGGACAUACUUGCCCCUGAGUGUCAGGUGUCUCCUCUCCUCUCAGCUUGUGUCCACUUGCUGCCUGUUCUCCUGUCCUUCAGCUGAGGUGACGGGGGAGCCCGGUGACGCCCUGUGCUAGAAAUGCUCUGAUGGGUUACAGACACCCUGUGAUAGUGUCUCCAAACACCGAUGCCCCCUGGGGAGGUAAUUCUACCUGACAGGCAGCAUGGAGGAUGUCCCUGUUUUCAGCCGUGUCUCAAGUCAUGGUCGCCCUGUGGCCCCUGGCAGCGGUCCCCUGUGUCUGACUGGGCUCGUGCUUCUGACACUGCUGCUCUGGGUUGGUCCCUGUGAUCUGAGAAGAGGCACAUCCUCUACCAUGUGGGGACCUGUCUGACAUGAGGAGAAUCCAACCCAGCUCUGCGUCUGAUUGGCUCUGUCACCCUAGACAAAUUGCUUAAGCUCAUUCAGUCCAAGGCUCCUCACCCAUCAGAUACUGAGGUCACGUGGACCUGUGUCAGGGUGGUGAUAUUUAAAUGAGUUCGAUGCCUGAACCUUCUAGUACUCAGUGUUCAUUUUAAUCUCUUUUUCCACAAAUGGCUAAUUAUUCUAGUUCCUCCAAGGCAGCCUCCUUCCCCCUAAUCUCAAAGCCCUCAAUCGCAGAGUCCAAUUAAUGAAGUUGGCUUGGGGGUAAAAAUCACUAAAACCAGCUCCUUUUCUCAGGGGCGCAGCGUGACUCUUCACAAGGCAAGAUGCUGUGUGGAAUCGGGGCCUCGGUUCUGGGCCUGCUCUUCCUGGGGAUGGGACUGUUCAUCUCCAUCAGGUAUUAGAAAGGACUCCUAAGCUGAAGUGGAGAUGCUGACACUCUAGAAGAACCUUCUGUCCCAGCUUCUUUGCAGCGUGAAAAUGUUUCUUCCUUAGCUCUAAUUCUUCCACAAAGAGAGUGUUUUCUCAGGAUCUGGUUUAUUCCUAUAUAAUUCACAUAUGAAAAAAAAAACCCUGCACUUAAUUAAUGUAUAAAAUUUGAAGAGUUUGAGCAUAGGCAUACCCUUGUAUUACCAUCACUGGAAUCAAGGCAAUAAAUAUAUUCAUCACCUCCAAAA